CUCCUGGAUGUAAGACAAAGGCGGGGUGUAAAAACGAAAACAAAAGUAGUCUGAGUUAGAGAGUGUCAUUUGAUUUUACUCUCUGCAUUCAAGACUGCUCCUGUCUGCCUACUGAAACAGAUUGGAACCAUGGCUUUGGAAUACAACCAGUCAACAGAUUACUAUUAUGAGGAAAAUGAAAUGAAUGACACUCAUGACUAUAGUCAGUAUGAAGUGAUCUGUAUAAAAGAAGAGGUCAGAAAAUUUGCAAAAGUUUUCCUACCUGCCUUCUUCACAAUAGCUUUCAUCAUUGGACUUGCAGGCAAUUCCACCGUAGUGGCGAUUUAUGCCUAUUACAAAAAGCGGAGAACCAAAACAGAUGUGUACAUCUUGAAUUUGGCAGUGGCAGAUUUAUUCCUUCUAUUCACUUUGCCCUUUUGGGCAGUUAAUGCAGUUCAUGGGUGGGUUUUAGGGACAAUCAUGUGCAAAGUCACUUCAGCCUUGUACACAGUCAAUUUUGUGUCUGGAAUGCAGUUUCUGGCUUGUAUCAGCACAGACAGAUACUGGGCAGUAACUAAAGCUCCCAGUCAAUCUGGAGUGGGAAAACCAUGCUGGGUCAUCUGUUUCUGUGUCUGGGUGGCUGCCAUCUUACUGAGUAUCCCUCAGUUGGUUUUUUAUACAGUAAAUCAUAAAGCUAGGUGCGUUCCCAUCUUUCCAUACCACCUAGGAACAUCAAUGAAAGCAUCAAUUCAAAUCCUGGAAAUCUGCAUUGGAUUUAUAAUACCUUUUCUUAUCAUGGCAGUGUGCUACUUCAUCACGGCAAAGACACUCAUCAAGAUGUCUAACGUUAAAAAGUCUCAGCCCCUCAAAGUUCUGCUCACAGUGGUCAUGGUUUUCAUCGUCACUCAAUUACCUUAUAAUAUUGUCAAGUUCUGCCAAGCCAUAGACAUCAUCUACUCCCUGAUCACUGACUGUGACAUGAGCAAACGCAUGGAUGUUGCCAUCCAAAUCACAGAGAGUAUUGCACUCUUUCACAGCUGCCUCAACCCAGUCCUGUAUGUUUUCAUGGGAACCUCUUUUAAAAACUACAUCAUGAAAGUUGCCAAGAAAUAUGGAUCCUGGAGAAGACAAAGACAAAAUGUGGAGGAGAUUCCUUUCGAAUCUGAAGAUGUUACAGAGCCAACCAGUACUUUCAGCAUUUAAAUAUAAGACCCAUCUGUCUCUUGCUUCAAUACACAUGAAUGAUGCUUCCUGCUGAGAACAUCUACAUCUGCAUCAAACAUCUGUAUUUUUCAGAAAUUCAAAUUUCAAACACUGUGGUGGCAACUUGUUGCAAAGAAGAGGGGGUGGGAAAGGGGAGUGGAGUAGAAGCCAAGAAAAAUAGGAAACAAAAUAAUAAAUUCAUAAAACAUAGAAAUUAAAGCUAACAAUAUAAGAAAAUAGUAUUAACAGUCAUACAUAAGAAAAACACUACAAGUUAGGUCAUCUAAAAUGGAUUAUUAAAGAGGUUUAAUUUUUACAGUUAUUUUAAAUUAUCUAAAUUUUAAUAUAUUUUUCCUGCAUAAUUUUAAUACUUGAAUAAUCAUGCAGCAACAUUUAAUGACUUUUUCUUUUUCUGUUUCUAAUUUGUAAGUGAUUUGAUAAAACUUCAGAAAGAGUAAAAAUUAGCAAUCAAAAAUAAAAAA